AUUUAUGUAGGCGCCGGCUGGGAGCUCUCUAUAGGAACAUCUUCACCAGUUGCCUGUCAGACCACGCCCCAGUGCAAUGUUUUUUGUGCCACUAUGCUAACAACAAUGAGAAACAAGAGAUGACUCCAGGGGCUGUCUAUUCCAUUGGACUUAAUGGGCAGUUGCCCAAGGGCCCCGUGAGUCUAAGGGCCUUUAUCUGAUAGCUGAGGUUCCUAUGUUUCCAAAGGUAAAUCAGCCCUGGGGAAUCGGAGAUAUAUGAUUUCAAAGCAGCGGUCCCUGUCCGAGCCUAUUAAUUGUUCUUCCUGGCCAGAUAUCUCCAGUUUGGUCUUUAGAGUUUUUCUGAGUAUAAUCCAAAAGCUGGAACUCACCUCUUUCGGUGGAUACUGGUACAGUAGCUUGUCUCUACCGGAGAUAUCAGCUUUCCAGCAGCCGGUCUCUGCUACAGCUCCAUACACCUGGGAUGUGGUUUUAUAUUUUUGUUGGUGUAUUGCUCCAGCUCCUGGACCCCGAUCCCGAAGACCCUGGUACUUCCUGAAAGGGUCCAAUUGGGCUAUGAUGCUAUUACAUAGCAUAGUGCAUACAGUGCACAAUAAAGAACCACCACCCAUCAUUCCGUUGAUAGAAUUUAGAGCUGCCAAUAAAUUAGAGAGGCUAAAAGCUGAACCCUCCCCACGAGCCUUGGGCACACACUUGAAUUAUGACUACAUACCCCAAUCAUUUUUUGAGAAGAAAGUAAAGAUGCUGGUGGUGUUUCGAAAUCCAAAAGACACAGCAGCAUCCCUGUUUCACUUCUACAAUAAUAAUCCAAUGCUUCCCACAUACAAUAGCUGGGAUGACUUUUUCCCGGACUUCAUGGCUGGAAAAGUUAUCUUUGGAUCUUAUUUUGAUCACGCCGUUGCUUGGAACAAACAUUUGGAUGAUACAAACUUGUUGCUGACCUUUGAAGAUAUGAAAGAGGACCUACAAGGAUCAAUAAAGAAGAUAUCAGAAUUCUUUGGCCUGUCUCUAACUGAAGCACAAGUGAAUGAAAUAUCUGACAAAGGAACAUUUAAGUUUAUGAAGGAGAACUCCAAACAAACUCAUGGAGAGUUUGGAAAAGUUAUUUUUAGAAAAGGGGAAGUCAGAGAUUGGAAAAAUCACUUUUCCGAAGCCCAAAGCCAAGAAAUGGAUGCAAAAUUUGAAGCGUGUUUAGCGGGAACUAAAAUUGGAGAAAUGCUAAAGUAUAAUGUCCAUUGUAAAUGGUGAAAUAGUGGAUUGAUGUAUGAAAAAUAAAGCUUUUUAAUUAUG